UGCUAACAUUAGCUGAAAUACAAUUUGGAUUCAUGAGAAAGCUAUUUUUGAUGUCAACAGACUUUACUAAUGAUUGUUUGGUUUAUCGAAAAGUUAACGGAACGAUCAAAAAGUGGGAUUAUGAUGAGUGCACCAUCGGGAAUCGUUGUUGCUUCUCAGCUAUUAUCAUUGAUCAAUCGACGAAUUUUGUUGUUGAAACAGGUGGCUGUCAAAAUGAUUUUCAAUCGUUCAUACAACAACAUCCGGAUAUUCGAGUCCAUCCAAUUGAUCGUUUACCCUUUUUAGGACAAUUUAGUGAUGAAAAGUUUAUGGAAUACUGUGAG